AUGGAACCCUGGAUGAUGCAGCCGAUCACCUUCUCAGCAAAGGAUGUUCCCUCGAAUGUCCAAGCACAUGGAGAUCCCCUAGUAAUCACCUUGCUCAUCGAGGAAUGGGGAGUCAAAAGAAUACUGAUGGACAUUGGGAGCUCAGUCGAGGUCCUCUUCUACGACACGUUUAAAAGAAUGGAGUUGUCUAAUGACAUUUUAAUCCCUUCAACUUAUCGAAUUUACGGCUUCAAUGGUACAGUGAAUGUACCAAAAGGAGAAGUCACUCGCAGAGUCUCGAAUGGGGAGGGAUACUUGGACACGCUUACCACCUUCUGUGUGGUAGAUGUCGUAUCGCCUUAUGAGGCGAUCCUAGGCAGAUCGUGGAUUGCAGGUAUCAAAGGGGUGUCAUCGGCAUAUCAUCAAAGGUUAAGACUCCCAUCUUAUCGGGGGGUGGUGGAAGUGUUAGGCAACCCCCAAGACGCGAUACAGUGUAUGCAAUUAGAUAUCCAGCAAAAUGAAGAAAGACGAUCAAGACAGCGCCGAGAAAAGAACAAAGCCAAGGAGAUUAAAACAGGGGAAGAAUUGGAGAAGGUGCUCUCACAAGCCAUCACAGCUUACGAAACAGGCGAGAAAGAGAUCUUAUAG